UGCCGACUUUUGUGGGGUGCCAAUCAUAGCGGAAGGGAUAUCAUACCAUCAACUCGCCAAGCAAUAUCGUUUCGAGAUGAAGAAGAAAGUGGGCAAAGUUCUUACGUCUGCCGCGCAGGAUAGUCAUUGUGCAACUUUAGGUGCUAUUAAUGGGAGCGUCUGGCAGUGGAAAGACUUCCAUGCGGUCCAUGAUAUUCUCCAAUAACCCAGCGUCCCUCACCUCCCGUCUUGGCGCAACAAUUGACGUCGAGCAGAAUCAUGUCCGCUUCCUGGGCGAUCUCAUCCUCAAUCUUUGGGACUGUGGUGGACAAGAUGCAUUCAUGGAUUCAUACUUGAGUACGCAACGCUCAGUCAUCUUCUCGCACGUCGGGGUCAUGAUUUAUGUCUUCGAUGUCGAGUCCCGUGAAAUGGAGAAGGAUCUAGAGUACUAUCGAGAUUGCCUGGAUGGAUUGUCGCAGUUCAGCAAGGACGCCAACGUGUUUCUCUUGGUGCACAAAAUAGACCUGGUGAGGGAUACCGAACGGAAUGCCGUCGUGCAACGCAAGGUGGCAGAACUUGAGAAAGCCAGCGGCGAGACACCAGUCAAGGUGUUUGGGACGAGUAUCUAUGAUGAAAGUCUUUACAAGGCAUGGUCAAAUAUUGUGAACACGUUAAUUCCCAACGCUCGUAACCUCUCGAAACACCUCCGUAUCUUCGCUGAAGCUUGCAGUGCGACUGAGGUGAUACUAUUUGAACGCACCACCUUCCUCGUCAUCGCAACGUCUUCGCGAACGGACUCCUCCGAUGCUUUCCCCUCCGGCCCUGUUGUCCUUCACGCACUGGAUCCAAAGCGAUAUGAAAGGACUUCAGAACUCAUCAAAGCCUUCAAACAGUCAUGCUCACGGCUCAGGGAGGAAUUUCGCUCUCUUGAAAUGGAACUGGCAGAGUUCACUGCUGUGCUUGAUGAAAUGACCAAAAAUACUUACGUGUUGGUUGUAGUCCAUGAUCCAGUUAUCGAGACAGCAGCCAUUAAGAUGAACAUCUGCAUGGCGCGCAAGAAAUUCGAAGAGCUCCAGGGAGACAGCCUUAUCUCAGAAAAGUGAACGUUCACAUUUGCAAGUUAUUAUUGGUUUCCCUUCGAUAAUUUACUACAUAUGUUUAAGUGAUGCCUAAAUAGGUGGCACAGAAAUCAGUUUGUUGGUAGCU